UAAAAUCAGACCAAACUCCCUAUCAUUACCACUCUAUUCAUUAAAGUACUAAUCCCUAUUUUAUUAAUGCCUUAAUCUCAAUCAGGUUCCUACCUUCAUUGUCUCUUGUUUCAGCCUCCUCCUCCUCCUCCUCCUUCUUCUUCUUCUUCUUUCUCUUCUCCUCUUCUUCUUCUUCUUCUUCUUUAUAAAUCACACACUUCUCUUUGAGUUAGCAUAAUAACAAACACUUGAAACGCAAGGCCUUUGGUACUAUUGUUAGGUAUGGCGACGAUGAUGGUUGAUGACACCAUCCCAGAUUUUGAUUAUUACGGUGGUUUAACCACCCCCACCACCACUACCACUACCACUACUACUACCACCACCUCCUCUUCUGAUGAUGACCAUGAUCAUGGUUGUACAUGGAAUGACUGGUCCCCAGUUGUUGAUUGGGAUGCUUUUUCUGGCGGCGAUAAUUUUCAAGAUCUAAUUGAAUCCAUGAUCGAAGGGAACAAUUCUUCAGGAGGAUUGAAUAUGAAUAUCCCAAAAUCGACUACUUUUUACAACUCAGAGGAUUCUGUGUUGAUGGAGGAAUCAGAAGAAUCGAAUAACAAUCAGUCGGAAGAUGUCAACGGGCUGAAGCUUGUUCACUUGCUGAUGGCUGCAGCUGAGGCGCUAACCGGCGUGAACAAAAGCCGUGAGUUAGCUCGGGUGAUAUUGGUUCGGCUCAAGGAAUUGGCUUCCCCUAACGGCUCUACCAACAUGGAGAGGUUAGCCGCACAUUUCACUGAUGCCUUGCAGGCGUUGCUCGACGGUGCAGCCUCAGGAUCUUUACCUAAGAGCAUGUUUUCUCCUAAUUAUAAGGACGAGCAGCAACAGGGAGAUGUGCUUGCUGCUUUUCAGUUAUUACAGGACAUCUCCCCUUUUAUCAAAUUUGGGCACUUCACAGCAAAUCAAGCUAUUUUAGAAGCCGUGGCUCAUGAUAGAAGAGUCCAUAUCGUGGACUACGAUAUAAUGGAAGGAAUCCAAUGGGCUUCCUUAAUGCAAGCCUUGGUGUCCAGAAAAGAUGGGCCCCCAACUCCCCACCUUAGGAUCACAGCAUUGUCGAGGAGUGGCAGUGGUCGUCGGUCGUUCGGGACGGUCCAAGAGACCGGACGUCGGCUAACAGCGUUCGCUGCAUCCAGCGGCCAGCCAUUUUCGUUUCACCACUGCAGGUUGGACACGGAUGAGACGUUUAAGCCAUCCGCUCUGAAGUUGGUCCGAGGAGAAGCUAUAAUUAUAAAUUGCAUGUUACACUUGCCUCAUUUUACCUAUCGAGCCUCGGAUUCAAUCGCUUCGUUCCUAUCCGGAUCCAAGACCCUGAAUCCGAGGCUCGUGACCUUAGUCGAAGAGGAAGUACGGCCAGUUGGAGAGGAGGAAGGGUUCGUGGGCCGGUUCAUGGACACAUUGCACCACUACUCAGCCCUUUAUGAUUCCCUCGAGGCAGGGUUCCCGCUCCAAAGCCGGGCUCGGGCCUUGGUGGAGCGCGUGUUCCUUGGGCCUCGGAUAACCGGGUCAUUGGCCCGGAUAUACCGAACCUGGGGAGAGGAUGAGAGGUGCUCGUGGGGGGAGUGGUUGAGUGCGGUGGGGUAUCGUGAGAGUAAUAUAAGCUUUGCAAAUCAUUGUCAAGCAAAAUUGUUGUUGGGGCUAUUCAAUGAUGGGUAUAGGGUGGAGGAGAUUGGCACCAAUAAACUCGUUUUGGGGUGGAAGUCCCGGCGCCUACUUUCGGCUUCUAUUUGGACCACUCCGGAUAGUGACUUGUAAUAAAUAAACUAUAUAUAAUUCAUGCAAGUGUGCAACCCCACCCCAAGUUACUAUCUGCUGUAUGUGUUGUUAUAGUCCUUCUUUGUGUUAUAUAUUUCGUAUCGAAACUAGUUUUUCGUGAGGCUUUUCAUCGAUUCCUAUGCCAAGAAUCUACUAUGUGUCUGUUUUGGUCCUUUUCCUGUGAUAUUUGGAUUGAAAUUAGUUGUUUGUGAGGCC